GUCCUGAAGAAGGGUCUCGGUGUGAAACGCCGCCUGUUCUCUCCUCUCCAUAGUUGCUGUCCGCCCCCCCGAGUUUCUCCAGCAUUUUCUGCGCGUUGCUUUGGAUCAUUUUCGGCAGUUCAAACCAACGCGCAUGCGUGGUCGUCACGACCAAUCCCGAAUAUCACGCAUGCGCUGAGUAGACGAGAAGCUCCCAAUGACUGAUGCAGGUUUGAAAUGGCAGAACACUUGUGUGUGGGAAUCACAACCAUAACAACACAUUGGUUUUGCUGACUCUGUCUGGAUAUUUAAGGAGUGACCAAAUAUUUUCUUUGCAACACCGUCGAUCCUUGGAGAUGAAGAAGUAUCUCAUUCCAGCUGGUGAUGUAUUCUGUCUCUGAAAUGAAGUUUUCUGUUGUAACUCAGUGAAAUCCACUGGAACCGGGAGCUGAGAACACACCAGCAUUAAUUCACUCGAGAUCAGUUCUUCAACUGCAUUGAUUGUACAAGGAAUUCAAACAUCUGAAUUUCUGAAUUGCCAGAGAAUUGAUCGUAGUGAGAUAUCAUUCUCCUUCUCUCAGUGUGGGAAGAGGUUCACUCACAGACACACCAGUGAGUUCACAGUGGGGAGAGGCCAUUCACCCGCUCUGUGUGAGGGAGGGGAACCACUCAGUCAUCCAGUCUGAAGCUACAUCAGCAAGUUCACACCAUAGUGAGAUGCUCCACCUGUUCUGCAAGCGGGAAGCCAUUCUGUUAUUGAUGAUAAAGGUACAUCAGAAAAUUCACCAGUGAGAGAACAUCGACCUGCUUGGAUGGUGGAAAGGUAUUCACACACUCAACCAUGCCACAGUGACACCAGCGACUUCACAUGGGGAGAAGCCAUUCACCUGCUCUGAAUGUGGGAAAGGGUUCACUCAAUCAUCUGAACUGAAUGAACACCAGCGAGUUCACACUGAGAAGAUGCCGUUCACCUGCUCAGACUGUGGGAAAGGAUUCAUUCUGUCAAAUCACCUGCUGCAACAUCAGUUAGUUCACACUGGGGAGAGGCCAUGCACCUGCUCAGACUGUGGGAAGGGAUUCACUCAGUCGUCCCACCUACAGACUCACCAGCGAGUUCAUACUGUGGAAAAGCCAUUCACAUGCUCUCAAUGUGGGAAGGGAUUCACCCAUUCAUCUCAACUGAAGGAGCAUCAGCGAGUCCACACUGGGGAGAGGCCGUUCACUUGUUCUGAAUGUGGGAAGCUAUUUGCUCGGUCAUCUCAUCUGAAGUUACAUCAGCGAGUUCACACUGGGGAGAGGCCAUUCACCUGCUCAGACUGUGGGAAGGGAUUCACUCACUCAUCCAACCUACAGAGACAUCAGCAAGUUCACACUGGGGAGAAGCCAUUCACAUGCUCAGAAUGUGGUAAAGGAUUCACCCAGUCAUCUGAUCUGAAGUUACAUCAGCGAGUUCACACUGGGGAGAGGCCAUUCACCUGCUCAGAUUGUGGGAAGGGAUUCACUCGGUCAUCCCACCUACAGAGACACCAGCAAAUUCACACUGGGGAGAAGCCAUUCACAUGCUCUGAAUGUGGGAAAGGAUUCACCCAGUCACCUCACCUGAAGGAGCAUCAGCGAGUCCACACUGGGGAGAAGCCGUUCACUUGCUCUGAAUGUGGGAAGGGAUUCACUCAGUCAUCUCACCUACAGACACACCAGCGAGUUCACACUAGGGAGAGACCAUUCAUCUGCUCAGACUGUGGAAUGGGAUUCUCACACUUAUCCACACUACAGGGACACCAGCGAAUUCACACUAGGCAGAAGCCAUGCACAUGCUCGGAAUGUGGAAAGGGAUUCACCCAGUCAGCUGAAAUGAAGGCACAUCAGCGAGUUCACACUGAGGAGAAGCUGUUCAUCUGCUCUGAAUGUGGUAAGGGAUUCGCUCGGUCACCUCAACUGCAGCCAUUUAUAUGCUCUGAAUGUGGGAAGGGCUUCAUUCAACCAUUUUGACUGAAGCUACAUCAGCGAGUUCACACUGCGGAGAAACCAUUCAGCUGCUCUGAAUAUGGGAAGUUGGCAAUCUCAACUGAUUGGACAUGAGCGAGUUCACACUGGGGAGAAACCGUUCAGCUGCUAUGAAUGUGGAAAUGGAUUCACUCAGUCAUCCAAACUUGUGAGGCACUACCAAAUUCACACUAGGGAGAAAUUGUUCUCCUGCUCAGAUUGUUGGAAGGAAUUCACUCAGUCAUCUGACUUUAAAAUACAUCAGCAAAUUCACACUCACCUGUUCUGAAUGUGGGAAAGGAUUCACUCAACAUCUCAAUUAAGACUAUAAGAUAUAGGAGCAGAAGUAGGCCAUUUGGCCUUUCGAGUCUGCUCCGCCAUUCAAUCAUGGGCUGAUCCAAUUCUUUCAGUCAUCCCCACUCUCCUGCCUUCUCCCCAUACCCUUUGAUGCCCUGGCUAAUGAAGAACCUGUCUCUCUCGAUUUCUCCAGGAGGUGCUCAGGUAGUGAGGUUGUCUUUGGCUUCACUCCAUUACCGUUACUUUUUUUUUUAACUUAUGAUCUCCUUUACUUAAUUUAUUUUUACCUACACUAGAAGAUUUAUUCUAUACUACUGAUUUUUCCUUGAACUGUAACUGAAAUCUGAAGAAAUGAGCAAAGAAGUAAGUACAAGAUCUAAAGUGCGCGAACCUAAAAAUGGCAAGGAUUCCGACGGGAAUGGGGGAAAAGAAAAUUGAACCUAAGCAAACGGAUCUAUCUUAUGAUAUUCUGUUGAAUCUUUUAAAUGAAAAAUUUGAAGAACAACGUCAAAGUUUAACUGAAAAAUUUGAACAACAGCGUCAACGUUUUAAAGAAGAUUUAAAGUCAAUCACGGACUCUCUGAAAUCGCUUGAUUGUGAAGUUAAGCAACAUCAAAGUAAAAUUAUUGAAUUAGACAUUGAAUCUCAGAAAAGAGAUUUCAAAAUCGAGAACUUGGAUCAGAAAUGAUCUUUGACAACUAAACAACUGGAACAUUUUAAAUCCAAGAUUAUUGAUCUUGAAAACCGAUCUAGAAGACAGAACUUACGUAUAAUUGGUCUCCCCGAGGACGUCGAGGAAGGAGAACCUGCAAUAUUCUUCUCUCAACUUUUAAAGGAUGCAUUUAGUUCUGUAUUCCCCAAUGAUCCUCCAUUGCUCAACCACGCUCACCGUACAUUGCAUCUGAAACCGUCCUCUGAAUUUAAACGGAGGCCGUUGAUCUCCGGUUCCAUUAUUUUAGCAUUAAAGAGCAUCUUAUUCGAAUUGCCCGUCGGCAAGGUAUGAUUAAAUUUCGACAAUAUCCAUUCUGUUUAGUGGAAGACUUCAGUCCCUAAGUGAUGAAGAUGCGGCUGGCUUUUAAACCUCUGAUGUAGGAAUUUUACCAAAAAGAUCUCAAACCAGCCCUAUUGUAUCCUGCACAUUUAAGAAGUUCUCAUUCGGACGGAUCACGCUGUGUCUACCAUUCCACAAGCGCGGCUCAAAGUUUUUUGGACGAGCACUAUUCAACUGCUACAGAUACCUUGCUUCAAUUAAUGUUUAGCGCUCGCAUCAUCGGCUCUGUGUUUAGGUGCUCUUUUUUGAAAGCCUUUAAUCAUUGUAUGAAGAUGAUCUUUUAUAAGUUCUAGACUUUUGUCUUCGGUUAGUAGUGUAGGUAUUUUUCACAUCUCAAUUAAAGUUCAUUUUUCCUGCUGAUGUUACUUUUCUUUAAUUUAUUAAUUUUUAAUUAUUUGAUUUCUGACAUUGUCAUCAACAAUUUCAUGGUAAAUUUGUACUGUAUGGAGGAACGUUUUCUCUAUUUUUGGCUUCGUAUAAUUAAGAUGGCGUCUGUUUCCGUUUUCUCAUAAUAUCUUUUGUUCUUUUUGACUUCGCCAUUUUCUCAUGUUCCUUCUUCCCAUAAUUCCUUUCUUUUUUUGAAGUGCCAUUUUCAAUUAUUUAUAUUUGUAAUUAAUUAAUAAUAUGCAUCCAUGCUUACUUUUUUCAUUCAUUUUAGAAAUCAUAGUAUGUAGAUUAUUAUAGUACAGUGUUUGAUUUUUUUUUGGAUUUCGUGGAGUGAUUCUUUUUAACAUAUCUUUGGAAUUGCCUUC